UGCAAGUCAGGAACUAUCGCGGCCGCGUGGUACCCGCGCCGCCGUGUCGCCACAGUCUUGCCGAUUUCGAGCGCUUUCGCGGUUUCCGGCUGAUCGACGCGCGAACGAUACCAGAGAAACUCGUCACUUACUCGCGAACUCUCCCGAUCUCGCGUUCGCCCGAUGUUGUCGCGCGUCCGCGCGUCUUCGCGUUUCUGUACGCGCGAGUAGAUCCCCCUUUUCUUUUUUUUAUGGAAAAUCGCGGAAACGGAAACGUCGUGGUACCGAUCAGCGAGCGGGGAUAUAUGUAGACAAGAAGCGUGAGACGCGCGCGCGUUACAGUGACACACGGAGGAUUCUUCACGGCAGGAUGGAUAAAGACUUUCGCCGGAAAUAUAAAAAAAUGCGAUGUGGUCUGCUUCACCUGCUGCUGAUAGUGGGGGGUGCAACAGGUUUGAAAGAUCUGACGAUAAACGUACCGACCAUGGUGAGAUCAGGCGAUACCGUAACAUUGUCAUGCCAUUACGAUCUGGAAGGCUUACCUUUGUACUCUAUACAAUGGCUUUUCAAUGAUAACGAAUUUUAUCACUUCAACCCCGACCGCAAACCACCCUACGCCACUUACAAAGUGUCUGACAUACAAGUCAAUGUCUCCAAAUCGAACUCGCACGACGUAACAUUGGUGGACGUGUCCAGAGAGCUUACCGGGAUGUACAAGUGCGAGGUGUCCGCAGGCAGCCCUUCCUACCACACGCUGAUCGAAAGGGCCAAGAUGGAAGUAGUCGACGCCCCAAAAACGGAUCCUGCGAUUCGUACCGAGAAGGAGCGCAUAGCAAUGGGCGAGACGCUACAGGCGAACUGCACCUCAGGCAAAUCCCGGCCCGCCCCCGAGGUUACGUGGAAGCUCAACGGAGAACUCAUCGAGAGUAAUGGGCUAUACCUGAUACGGAAUUACAGUGUCUCUCAUGAAAACGAGAAACGAUCUACGGUCUCGAGGAUCGAGUUUAAAGUGAUAAACAGUAUGUUUCGCAAAGGAUACUUACAUCUGCGCUGCACGGCUUCCAUUUCAGACGUUUAUCGAAAAUCGGCGGAUAUUGAAAUCUCCGAGGACACGCCGCGUAUCGCAUCCAUCACCGGCGAAUCACCACCGUACGGCCAUCGAACGAACGGAUGCGCCGGACAGAAUUGGCCCUGGAAUGGUAAUCGCGAUGCGGCGAUAAUAAUGGCUAUCAUGGCGGCCACCCUGUUCCUGAUGAUGACAUCGCUGACGAUGACGGUGCCGCCGAUAACAAAUGUAGCGCCGAGGUGCGAGCCGAUGGUUAGCAGGAGCCUAUGAAAGACGGAGAGGAAUUGGUGAAACGCUGGCGGAUCGACGCGACGCAGGACUACGCGCGUAAUUCAUAUACAGUUACUUUUGAACAUGUCUUUUUGAUGUAAAUUCUUGGUCGCCAAUAAGAAAACAAAUGAAGGGGAUAGAGCAGCGUUUGAGAAUUGAGACGUAGGCAGGAAUAAUGAUUACCUAUUAGAGCAACGAGGUGAUCGUGAAAUUAUUACGAACUGACGGAUCAGCUUCGUAAAGCAAUCAGGAUUACAAGAUGAUAACAAAUGUUUUAAUAACGAAGGAACGAAGAAGAAGAUUAUGGUGAUUCGAUUUCCGUUACGUUUUGAUUUAAAUUUUUUUCGACAGAACACACGUCGAGUGCUGUAAACGCGAUAUUUAUUAGUGACCGGAGUGUUCACCAAGUGUCAAAUAUAGAUUAUACAGGGGUAACUAUACGAUAACUGAUAUAAUAUAAUGUUAGCGCAGUAACGAGCGGCGUUCUGCUCAAUAUUCGCUCCUUUUAUGAUGUUUAACAGAAAAAAACGCAUCAUAGGUACCGAUUUGUAAUCUGUACAAAUUGUAAUAAAUUAUAAUACGAACCGUAAA